AUGGCGUCCCGCGCCGCAUUCAAGUCCGGCACCGCCUCGUACAGGGCCGUCGCUGGCGCCGCCCGCUCCCCAGCAGCACCGCGCGCCUCCGCACGAUGGAGCUCGAGCAGCAGCUCGACCUCGGCCAUGGCCUACAAGGCCCUCCGCCGCCGCUCGGCGCCUCUGCCCACCAGCGACGCGCCCUCGGCCUGGUCGGCCCAGGCCGCCGUGUCCAACAUCCUCUACGAGACCCCGACGCCGUCCAGCGCGCCCCCCAAGCGCCACAUCCUCAACUGCCUCGUCCAGAACGAGCCCGGCGUCCUGUCGCGCGUCUCGGGCAUCCUGGCCGCCCGCGGCUUCAACAUCGACUCGCUCGUCGUCUGCAGCACCGAGGUCGAGGACCUGUCCCGCAUGACCAUCGUGCUCACGGGCCAGGACGGCGUCGUCGAGCAGGCCCGCCGCCAGCUCGAGGACCUGGUCCCCGUCUGGGCCGUCCUGGACUACACCAACUCGGCCCUCGUCCAGCGUGAGCUCCUGCUCGCCAAGAUCAACAUCCUGGGGCCCGAGUACUUCGAGGAGCUCCUGGCCCACCACCGCGAGAUCACCCAGGAGCCCGACGCCGACGCCGCCCAGGAGUCCCACGAGCCCCGGCUGUCGGACCUCGCCGAGGACUUCCACCCCAGCAAGCUCGUGGCCUCCGAGGCCCUCCGCCACAAGCACGAGCACCUGAAGUCCAUCACCUACUUUGCCCACCAGUUUGGCGGCAAGGUCUUGGAUAUCAGCACCAGCAGCUGUAUUGUCGAAGUAUCUGCGAAACCUGUCAGGAUUGAUUCAUUCCUCAAGCUCAUCUCGCCCUUCGGUAUCCUGGAGUCGACCCGAACCGGUCUGAUGGCUCUGCCCCGAUCUCCGCUCUACGGAGCCGACGAGGAGGCGCACCUGAAGGAGGCCGAUGAUAUUGUCGACGCCACCCAGCUGCCUCCUGGUUAA